UCUUGAGUUCCACUGCCUGCUGCUGCUCAGAUCCUCAGAGAUCUCAUCGUGAACCCAAACGUGGAUUUGGAUUGUUUUUAACAGGACUAGCCUGGAUCUCCCAGAGAGUGGUUUUGUGAGGUGACAGUCCAGGAUUACAUCAGUAAGGCCUUCUUUUUUUUGGGGAGAGGGCGUUAAUAAACAGUCCCAGAAAUUAUGGAUUAUAAACCUGGAAGGGAAGCAGCAGAUUCAAGUAUUAUUAGUGCAGAGGCAAACUAAAACAGACAAUGCCUUUGGAGCAAAUCCUGAACAGAGUACCCAAACUCCAGGUGCAUCAGCUCCACCAGCACAAACAUAGCGAAACAUUAAGGUCUAUAUUUGCAUGAAUGACUGAACAACUAAAAACAGAGUUUUUCGUCUGUAAGUCUGCAUCAUGACCUCAAAUGAGAAGCGCCGCUCGAGCCGAAAGAGUGGUGGGCAUAGGAAGCACAGCGAUGGAGGCUUCAGUGACGCGUCGAGUGGAGGGUCCUUCCUGGAUGAGACUGAUCGGGAGGUCAGUAAUCUGACAGACAGAGCAUUUAGAAGCCUUUGUAUUGGAGACGAGGCUGUUUAUAACGACUCUGACCUCAGUUUGUCUUCGCCGAGCACCAACUCAGACAGACAGCUGGCUUUUUGCAGAGGCAGCGAGGAGAGAGAAAGGGACGACCGAAAGAGAACUGCACAGGACAAUUUCAACGUCAGGGUGCAGCAAUAUGGACAGGACUGGAUCACUGGUGGGAUGUAUAGAGCGGAGAUCCACAGAGGUCCGCAGUGGGAGGCUUGUGGGGAAAGAACACAGGGUAUGGUUUCUGCCACAUUCCAGCAGUCCUUAGUGGAAACAUCGCAGUUGGGCAAGUCUCAGAUGGAGGAGGAUCUGUCCUUCCUCAGCAACGGAGCCACAGAGUUAAGUUCACAGCAACGCAGAAGCCACUCAAGAGUUUCUUCUCUCACCAGGGCGUUUGACUCUGAUGGGCACAGAGAUGGAGUGGAAAUGGACCAUAAGAUUAAGGAGCGGGAUGAUGGGACAAGUUGGGAUAAAUCAGCUCUCAUGAGUAUUCAGAGAGAACUUUCUGAAUUCUCUUACCAGCAAAAUUUCAACAGUCAUCAUUUCCAUCGUGCUGGGCUAUUGUCAUCUCGAGACGCAAACUUCUAUUCCUCUGAAGCAGAAACAAUGGCCCAAAUAUCUCACAGCUUUAUGAGGUCAUCACAAACUAAACACAGCAUGUCUUCACAGGUCAAUGGUAGCUCCAACUUCUUUAUCCACAGUGAGUUCAGUCCCUUCAGGUUAUGGAGAGACUAUAACAGGUUUCCCUUCCAGCCAGCAGAAGCAGCAGGCUUUAUGCAUUACUCAGAGUUUCCUAAAUGGUAUCAGACACCAAUGUACAAUGAACUUUAUCUUGAAAAUCCAGCACACAGUCAUCAUAGAGAUUUCAGACACCAAAAGAACCACCUUGGAUUACCGGUUCCUUUGACGGCUCCACGCUCCAUCUCAACUUCCUCUCAGCUUCAGAGAGCUUCAGCAGUGGAGAAACGCUGUGAGUCGGAGCUGACAGUUCAUCAUCCACACAGGAAGUGGACACAGAGACUGGGGACUAACAAACUCCCAUCCCACCGCCCGUCAACUGCAUCGCCCUCAACUGAGAUGUCUCGACGUGUCAGAGACACAAUUAGUUCUGUCAAAGCUCUGCAGCAGAAGGUUAAAAUGAUGUCAGAGCAUAAUAUGACUAAUCAACAAGGAGUGUUCAGUGGGAAUGACAGUUGGGUUCACUUAAGCAACAAUGCAUUGACAGUGGACACUAAUGUUGUCAGCAGUAACACAGCAAAUCCAUUUAGAAUUGGUCAGCUGCUCACACCUUCAGUCCAUCAACAUCGGGACGCAGAGACAUCCCAUUUACACCAGCAUGAAGUUUCCUCUCAACCAGUAGAACAUCCUCCAGUGCGAGCUGAAAGCCGAGGAGCAACUCCAGACAUCAGGAUGUCCAACUACAGAUCCCGAGCCACGAGCCUUCUCUUCAAUUUGAAGGACAACAGAAAAAGAGUAAAAAGCACCUACAGUCCAACCAAAUUCAAAGGCUUGGAUACAGCGACAAAGAACCAACAGUCCUCUGUCCAUGAACUUCAUGAAACUGUAUUUACUGAUUCAGAUAUGCAGUGUCUCCAGCCAGAAGCACACAGAAGGACAAACUCUGCUGUGAACCAGUAUCACACCCCUGGACUUACAACCCAGACCUCUCCCCCUGUGAAAGUAAACACAGGGCAAUAUCAAGAAAACACUGCCAGCAAUUACCAGGCAGCUCCGAUGCAAGGUCAGAUGGGUUACGGCUCUGCAUUCAGUGGCUUCGUGUCUUCAAAAUACUUCAACAAUCAGGUGGCAGGAAAUGGGCAGCAUCUCAAUAAAACUCUUGCAUCAUUUACUCCCUAUAGGCAAGAUAUUUAUGGAUCUGCAGAAGAAGUCAUGCAGUCUAACUCAGCUGCGGAAAAAGCAAGGAUGAACGUUGAAAACUAUCAACACAAAGAAUAUCUAAUAGGUAAAGGAAAUACAGUCCAAGCUUCCAAUGAAACUACAGGAAGGGUGAUCACUAAGGUGGACAUAUAUGAGCAGCUCAAAGAAAACAAAAAUAUAUCCUUGCAGGAUAACUGGAGACAAUUAAAUAGCCAAGAUACAGAAAACACCCAUCUCAAAAGAAAUGUUUCCGCAGUGACACAGGAGACAAUAUCUUUAUUGGAAAGCUCAAAGCAUGAAAAUGUGCAUGAUGGAAAGAAGAAACAACUAAAAACAGUCAAUUUAACUCAGAAUUAUAAUAGGUUUACUGAUCAGUAUGGUAGAGACCAACAAAAACUUUAUUUUACAUCAGACAAACCAAUGACAAUGAUAAAAACAGGUCAUAUCAAACAAAAUAUUCCAGUUCUAAAUGAAAUAAAACAUACUAAACUAAAUCCAACAUCUACUCCAUCUACCGUCGCUAUGACAAAUCAGGUAAAGAACACACAGACUGUAGACACCAAAUAUGAACAGGUGAUGGCAUCCCACAAGAAACCCCAAUAUCCCCAAGCAGAGCUGGCAAAAACUCAGCAGAAGUAUGAUGCAAAGCCACCAAAAACAGAAUCAGCUGGGUUUAUUUCAGCUGAGCAAACUGGGUUAGAAACUGUCAAAACACAAGAGUCCAAAUCAGAACCAACAGAGCUGCAAAAUAUAAGACAAGUCAAACAAGAUCAUAUAGUUAAAACAGAGGACAGGAAAGAUCAACAUAAAGAAAAGUUAAGAGACAAAUGUUUUCCGCCAAAAGAAGAGAAGCAGAUACAGGCUGAAAAAGAAAUAGUUCAGGAGCUAGCAGACGAGCCUACAAAUGUGACAGAAAAAGUCCCCGAGAAGCUCAAAACAGAACAAGCUGAAACAGAGAGGCUAAAAAAGGAACACAUAAAAACCGAACUGGCAAUGACUGAGGCGCCUGAGUGGGUCAGAAUAAACCAAGUUAACCAUGAACAGGCCGGUGGUGUGCAAGCUGAGGAAAAACAGCAGGGCACAGAAAAGGUUGAAGGAGAGCAGAUGGUGGCAGAAAAAAUCAAGAUGGAAAAGGUUAAAGCAGAACAGAUCAGAGGCGAACAAAAAGAGCAGAUAAAAGAGCCACAAACUAAAACAAGAGACAUCAAGAGAAUGGAGGUGGAAGUGUUGGAGGUCAAAACAGACCACAUGAAAGUUGAGGAUGUCAGAGAAGCUAGGGAGGAGAAAGAGUCAAGUCAGACACAUCAAAUAGAAUUAGAGAGGGCUACAUCAUCUACAUGUGGCACUGAAAACACAAGAGCAGAAAAGGCAAAGCUGGAAGAAAACCUGGAGAAAAAGGAAUCUGAGCUAUCAAAAACAGAGAAGCUGCUGGAGAAGUCAGCUAAACUCUCCGCUAAGCUUGCAUCAAAACAACAAGUCAGACAGGAACCAGACAGAGUCGAGCAAGUGAAGACAGAGUUAGCUAAAGCCAAAGCAGAGUUAGCUAAAAUAAAGGAGAAAAUGAAAGGAGAGCAAAAAGAAAAAGUGAGAAACAUUCUUUUUACUAAAGAAGAAGUUACGUUGAAGAAUGAUGAUCCUAUAAACACAUAUACUAGCAGCAAAAACCAGAAUCAUCCAGCUGAACUGCAAAUCCAUGCAGUUGUUGAUGAUUAUGAACGGCUUAGGGAGAAAUAUGGUUUUACUCAUGCAGAAUCAGCAAACAACACCAAAGGGCCAGUCAUGGAAAGUGUUUCCUCAAAUGAUGGCAACAAAACUAAAGCUGGGACAGGAAAUAAUUUAAAAUCAGUUGAUGGACCUUGUCUUAAUGACUUAUUUUUGACACUAGAAACUGAAAAUAAGGGAAGCAUUACCAGCUUUAAACACAGCGAGGAGACAGGAAGUCAGUGUGACCACAGAGAAUCGUUAAAUACCCCACAAUUAUCCAGAUCUCAUUGUGAUAAAGCAAACAGAGGAAAUGUAGCUGAGAAAUUGAAGGAAAACAGUGGUCAGAAAUUGGAAAAAUGUGAUGCUAUUAAAGACACAACUUCACUGCAAAAAGACUCUGUUUCUGUUAAACAUGAAAGAAAAUCAGCUGAUCAACAUAUCAGCACAGGCAAACAUAUGGCUGUUUCUAGAGCUUUAUCUCAAAAGGAGAAAGCUCAAACUAAGCAGGAGAUACUGACUUCCAAAAUAAAAGCUCAUGCUGAAAAAGAGAUUUCUGCAAUAAAAGAAAAGGGAUUUACUUUACCAGAAGGUUUUAUAGGCAAAAGCUCCACCAAGCAGUUAGCAAGUGGUCAGAGUGUUAAUAUUCGGCAGAGGCCUCAUUCACAGGAAGUGCCUAAGAAGCAUGAAAGCACAGUGUCCAAUAAGAUCACACCAAUGCAUCACGAAGAGUCUUCAGGAGUACAAAAAGAGCCAGCCAAGUUUGCUUUUUCUCUGAGCUCUGAUACAGUGGGUGGUAGUGGUGCAACAACAGUCGACUGCCUACAAAAACCCACAAGAACAAUCCAACCAACAGGUACCAUUGUGAGCUCUGCUGAGAGCUGUGUGCAAAAAGAACCUGAAGUAUUGCAACAAAAAGAAGCAAAUCACAUAAAAACAUCAAGAAAACAGACCUGUGAACUGCAACAAGUAGUUAACGAUGAAACUCUUGACAAAACAAAACAAGACCUAGCACAAUGUGCAAGUAUCUCCAAACCUGUGACCAAAGAGGAUACUAAGAAGAAAGAAGCAGCUCAAGUAGAUUUAGAACAUGCAGAUUGUGUAAAUCAGAAAGAACCCUCUGUAACAGAUGACAGCGUGCAGAUUAUGGGGAUCAUGGUAACUGUAGUAGAAAGGAAGCUGACGGUGAGCACUGGCCCGCAGAAUAACAAUGCUGAAAAACAAACCAUUGCAUCAGAAAAAGAGGGCAAUAAAUCAUUUGAAGAGAUUCCCAGCCAAGAAGAAGUAGAAGUCUUAGUGAAGGCAAAGGAUUCAAAAAAGAGUCAACCAAUAAUGAAAGAAGAUGAGGCUACUCUUGGUAAGAAUAGUUAUUCAGGGAAUGUGCAAGACGCAUUAACCUUGGGGGCGAUUAACAGAGAGGUAACAGCAGAAAUGGCAGAUCUUCAUCUCAACAGUUGUACCAUUAUUGCAGAACUCCAAACAAAGAGACAACCAGAAGCAGUGACUGUUUCUGUUAAAGAUAAAUUGUUGGCCGAAACUCAACUGCUUCGCCAUCAAAUGGACGUAACUCUAGAAGAAACAAAAGAUGUCACUGUUAAAAUACCGAAGGAACAUUUGUCAGAAAGCUCUAGACAGACAAAGAGAGGGGACGAGGAAAGUCAACAGAAAAUGCAAAAGCCAUUUAUGAAUGAAGUAUCUUGUGACAAAGUCAACAAAGUUGACAAUGAUCGGUCAGUGAAAGAUGAUAUGACAACAGGUAAAAAUCUUUCCAAAAGCAAUAACAAAGAUGGGCAAUGUGCACCAUUACCAGGAGAUAACAUCUGCCCCUCUACCUCACCGAGCUCAUUCAGUAUUGGCAGUCCUUCUAAAAAUUCACCAAGGAAUGAAACUAGAUGUGUGUCUCAAAACAUGCAAACCAAUGAAACAUACAUUGAAGAAUAUAGUCAAGAUGAUACUAGUGUACAUAUCAACAACAUUGCUAUCCGAGUAGUGCCAGCGGGAGGUACAAAAGAUAAUGUGAACAUGUCAGAAAAAUGUGACAUCAAAACCAUUCCUUCCAAUCUGGAGUCUGCCUAUGAACAGAAACAAGUUGCAACAUCUAUCAGUGAAGGAAGAGCCAAGAUUUCAAAUAAUGGACAUUGUUCUGAAAACUUGAUGCAAGCUAAGAGUGAGCAGAAAGUGAAAGACAGUCUGGAGGAAAAGUUAGCUGUACAGAAAGUAUUAUCCAGCGUGAGGAAACUGUCUAAUUCAUUGAAGGCAAGCGAUAAACAGAACAAUGCAAACACAACCAGUGAACAUAUUAAAGCUGAAGACAAAAAAUCUGAAUCUGAUGUACAGCUUGUGGAAACAGAAUAUUUUCAAGUACAAGGGCCAGCAGAGACAAGCAACAUGUCUCAUAACAAUAUUACAGCCAAAAAUGAUUCAAAGGGAAUGGGCGUUCUGGAGCUAUUACACAACAAGACAUUUAUUGGCAAUGAACUGCAAAAGGAACAAAACAGUGAUGUAUUUGUGUUCACUGUGGAUCCAAAUGAAAGAAAAGCAGAUCAGUCAAGUUUAACAAAUAUUCAGGCUGAGAACUUGACAAGGAAAAAUUUGGAAAAUAAGGAUAAUACAGUUCCUUUUCAAUGUUCGAAUAAUAAUAAAAAAAUGGAGGCAAGCCAAUCUAAUCCCACCAGAAAACACAAUGAGGAGAACCAGUGUGACUCCUCUGCAAUCAAAAGACAGAAUUCAAGUAAUCACCAUUUAACAAACACACAUUUAGCUCAAGAAACAUCUGAAAUUAAAUCAAAACCAAAAGAAAGAGUGUCUGCAAUACCUGAGAUAUCAGCUAUUGCAGACUAUGCCAGAUUAAAGGUGAUUGUUUCAGAGGAUAAAGAAAUACCGCAGGUUCAGCAAUUCCCUCCAAACAAAAAGGAAGGGUUCUUCCCUCUAAUACAGACCCGUCGUAGCAGAUGUCCUGUGUUUACUGAAGACCCACAAGACCUCUCUGUGAAAACCCAUAGCUUGCCAAAUAAGACAGAGAUCGGUUCCAUAGCUGCCAAUAAAGAGCCCAAAUUACUAGUGUUUCCUAUCAUGGAGAAGGAACACCAAAGAACUGGGAUGUUCAAACUGGGAGACAAAGAAAGGCAAGAAAAAAUGAAUACCAAAAUGAACAUAUGUUUGUUAGACAAUGAAAGUCAUGUAGAUCAAACAGUUAAAAACAAGUCAUCCACAGCCAAGACAGAAGUAGAGGCUCCAUUAGCACAGGAGCACCAAAGAAGGGCUGCAGAAGAAGAGCAACAGAGAAAAGUUGCAUAUGAAGAACAACAGAGAAGAGAGGUAGAGGAGCAGCAAAAGAUGGGUGCACAAAUGGAGCUACAAAGUAGGCUUGCAGAAGAAAAACAUGUAAGAAAAACUUUACAUGAAGAACAACAAAGAAGAGCAGCAGAAAAACAACAAAAAAGAGCUGCGAAAGUGGAGCCACAAAGCAGUGUAACAGAAGAAGAGCAAAGAAGGAAAGCUGCACAUGAAGAACAACAGAGAAGAGAGGUAGAGGAGCAGCAAAAGUGGCUUGCAGAGGAAGAGCAACACAGGAAAGCUGCACAUGAAGAGCAACAGAGAAGAGAGGUAGAGGAGCAGCAAAGGUGGCUUGCAGAGGAAGAGCAAAGAAGGAAAGCUGCACAUGAAAAACAACAGAGUAGAGCAGGAGAGGAGCAACAAAGGAGGCUUCCAGAGGAAGAGCAACUGAGGAAAGUUGCACAUGAAGAACAACAGAGAAGAGGGCUAGAGGAGCAGCAAAAGAGGGCUGCACAAAUGAAAAUACAAAGGAGGCUUGCAGAGGAAGAGCAAAAAGGGAAAGCUCCACAUGAAGAACAACAAAGAGUUGCAGAGGAGCAGCAAAAAAGAGUUGUGCAAGUAGAACAACAUAGGCGGCUUGCAGAGGAAGAGCAAAAGAGGAUAGUUACACAUGAAGAACUACAGAGAAGAGAUGAAGAGGAGCAGCAAAAGAGGGCUGCACAAAUGAAAAUACAAAAGAGGAUUGCAGAAGAGGAGCAAAUAAGACAAGAUGCAUAUGUAGAACAACAAAGAAGAGAAAGAGAGGAGCAGCAAAGGGCAGCUGCACAACUGGAGCAACAAAGGAGGCUUGCAGAGGAAGAGCAAAAGAGGAAAGCUGCACUUGAAGAACAACUGAGAAGAGAGGUAGAGGAGCAGCAAAGGAGGGCUGCACAUAUGGAGAUCCAAAGGAGGCUUGCAGAAGAAGACCAAAGAAGGAAAGCUGCACAUGAAGAACAACCAAAAAGAGAAGCUGAGGAGAAGCAAAGGAUGGCUGCACGACUGGAGCAACAAAGAAGGAUUGAGGAAGAAGAGCAAAGAAAAAAAGCUGCACACGAUGAACAACAAAGAAGAGUAAUAGAGGAGCAGCAAAAAAGAGCUGUGCAAAUGAAACAUCAUAGGAGGCUUGCAGAAGAAGAGCAAAAAAGAAGAAAGGUAGAGGAGCAGCAAAGAAGGGCCACACAAUUGGAUAUGCAAAAAAGGCUUGCAGAAGAAGAGCAAAGAAGACAAAAUGCUCAUGAAGAACAACAAAGAAGAGCAGCAGAGGAGAAGCAAAGGAGAGCUGCACAACUGGAGCAACAAAAGAGGCUUGCAGAGGAAGAGCAAAGGAGACAAGAUGCACACAAAGAACAACAAAGAAGAGUAACAGAGGAGCAGCAAAAAAGGGAUGCGCAAGUAGAACAACAGAGGAGGCUUGCAGAAGAAGAGCAAAAGAAAAGAAAGGUAGAGGAACAGCAAAAGAGGGCUGCACACAUGGAGAUACAAAAGAGGCUUGAAGAAGAAGAGUUCAGAAGACAAUAUGCUCAUGAAGAACAACAAAGAAAAGAAGCAGCGGAGCAGCAAAUGAGACUCACAGAAGGACCACAUAUGAGGAAAGGUGCAUUCGAGCAGGAGAGGAAAACUGAACAAAAACAACACGGAGAAGCAGAGCAGCAGCAAAAGAGAUCAUUGCAAGAUGAGCAACAGCGGAAAGCAACAGAAGAAAAACAAAGAAGACCUUCACAAUUGGAACAGACAGAAGAAGCACAUGAACAACACAGAAAAGCUGCACAAGAAGAGAAGCAAAGAGAAGUAAAGGAAGAACAACAAAGAGUUGCUCAAAAUAACAAGCAAAGGAUAGUUUCACCCGAAGAACAAACAAGAAGAGACAUAGAUGAGCAAGAACGAACAGCUGCACACAAUGAGCAACAGAGGAAAGCUGCACAUCGGGAGAAACAGAAAAGAACUGUACAAGACAAACAGCAAAAACGAGACUUAGAGGAGGACCGGAAAAGGGUUGCACAAGAAAAGCAACAAAGGACAACAUCUUUGAUUGAAGAGCAAAGGCAAGUUAAACAGGUUAAAGAGAUAGUUGCACAUAAUCAAAAAGAAGCAAAUGGAAAACCAAGAGAGAGGAUAAAUGUUGUUCUCGUUUCAGAGAAGGGAAGCAUCAAACAGAUACAGGAACAUAUCAAAAUGCAGCAUCAGACCGAAGAGCCAAUAAAGGAAGAGAAAACUACAUCACAGAAAACGUUGGAAAAUGAAACAAAAUCUGCUGAAAAGGAAAAAAUCACGAGAGAACGGAAAAUAGAAAAGCAUUUAAAACAUGAGAGUGUUAAAGCACAAGAAUCGACACUAACUAAAACAGACAAUGAUAUUCAACCUAAAAAGAUAAAAGGUGAUGAACAGCUAACAUCUCUCAAAGAAAAAGCAAGAUACCUUCAUAUGGGGAUGGAAAAAAGAGCAGCACAAAAGUCGGAUGCCCUCCAAUUUUAUGCAAUCACCUCAACCAACAGAGAGAAGAGACCCGGAGAAAGACAGUUGCCCUCCCCUUUACCAUUACAACAACAAAAUAAGAAACAAAUGGAGCUUGAAUCACCCAAUAACUUGUUGUACCACACUAGACCUUACAGACCUGCUGCUGCUGCAUCCCCAGCUCCAUCUCUGCCCCGCUCUAACACCUCUUCUCCUGCGCUAGGAACCAAGCCCUUGAUGUUCAGGGUAAAGGAUAACACCAACAGAGGUUCCUCUUUCACAAAGUCAGUCAAGCCACACUUCCAUAAGAACUUUGGAGAGGAUUUCUUAAUGGGUUUAACAUUAGAAGGGCGAUCAGAUAAAACAGAGGAAGACCAGGAGAUAAUCAGACGAAAUGCAGGGACCCCACUAAAUCGCUUUUCUGCUAUAAGUGAGUCUGCAACUUUCCUCUCGCCAUCUUCAUCACAAGAUUACUCAAACUCUAUCCCUCAUCUAAGACCCUAUUCAAGGAGAAGCAUGGCAGUGGAUGAUGAUGAAUCCCGCUCUGUCAUCAGUAAUAUGUCAGAGGAUGUAGAGAGCUUUGCAACCAGUGCAGCAGACUUGACUGAUAUGCAUGGCCUGUUUGACAAUGACAGACCUGAAUCAGUUUGCAGCUUCAGCAGUGAUGUGUCUCGUUCUCUGGGCAAACCUCCAACUGUUCCACCAAAAAGUGAGAAAGCCUUGCGCAGAGCUCAAAGGUUGACCUAUCGAAGGAUAAAGAAAGAACUUUCCAAGGCUGUAACAGAAAGCCCCACAGGAGUUGUUAAAGAAGUCUCUAGUUUUCCUUCUUCACCAUCCUCCUCCAAUGAGGUAUGCUCUUCCAACCACCAUGCUGUGGCUUCCCCUCAUUUUUCUCCCCCUGUUGCCUUUGCUCUUGCUCCAACAGUUGGAUCUAGCAUGCCUUCUUCUCAUAAAGAUCACAAAUCCUCUCACUGCUCUCUUCAUGCUUCCCCUCAUGCCACUGGCCGCAUUUCUAUCCCUAGUUCCUCUCCUUGUGCUGCUUCUGCUUUUUCACUCCAUGCUUGUAGCCCUGCUUCCAAACCUGCAGUUCUUCAAACAGUUGCUCACGUGUCCUCUUCUCCCACUCUCCAUCAUGUCAAUCACCCGGCCACUCCAGUGACACAAUAUCAUGUAGAGUCAACCAACUAUCCCCAAUCUUAUCCAGCAACCCAACGUAAGGUUUUGCAAGACCUUGGAUCUGGUCAAUACUUUGUAGUGGAUGUACCUGUUCAAGUAAAAACAAAGACUUUCUUUGACCCCGAGACAGGAAAAUAUGUUCAGCUGAAUGUGCGCCAGACUGGACAGAACAUUUCUCAACCUCAGCUGCAGCAAGCAUACCAACAGCCUGAGGUCCAACCACAAAUGCAGAUCAAGCAACAACAGCCCAUCUCCUCCGUUGUCUCUGGUGUUAGUAAGCCUUUAAGGUUUCAUCAAAACUCCCACAGUCCUGCCCAAAACUACCAGACAGCAGUUGCCAACUCUCUGCACCCGAGCAGCUCAUUAAUCCCAGCAACUCUACACCAAAACCAACAGGUCUUGAGGGAAAACCACAGCUACGGAAAUCCAGUUCCUGGAGUAGAUCAGAAUUCUGAGGGGCAUCGCUACAGUCCAGAGAAGACGCCAUACAUGGACACAGUUAAUGAUAUCACCAAAACACACAACUUGGUGAACAGCCCAGCGGACGCAUGCAACCCUUCUCUUGAGUGUGACACAAAUAGCCAGCUUAGUAGAAGUUCAGUUUGUGAAAACGAUCUCUCGGCCAACUCAGAAUGUCGGCCCCGUGACAUUAUAGCCAUAAGUGAACUAGAAGACUUCAUGGAGGUGUGUGACUGGUGAGAGCAAAAACAUUCAAUUAAAAUCCCAAAACAUACAAUGUAUGAAUGAAGCCUUAAAAAGUUCAAACAACUUUUCAUAUUAAAUAAAUCUUGAUUUUGAUUGUAGAUGUCACUGUGACAUGCUCUUAAACUGCUGCUGAUGUCUUUUUGCUCUAUUCUAUGUUAAUAUUCUAUAUUUUAUGUUACCAUUCCAUUUGACUUUGAAUGUCAGAAGCUAAGAUAUGUCUCCUGUGUUAACAGUAAUAUCUGUAUCUCGUUUCUCGUACGGUGAACAUACCUUACAUAAACAAACUCCCCAGUUAUAAAGUGUUUUGGUCCUUGUAAGAAUAUGCAUUUGUAUUGCAUUUUAAACAUUGACUGACCUACUUCACUUUUUCUGUUGCAAAAGCCUUGAAAUGCAUUAAAUAUUAACUCUUCAUAGUCAAUUUUCAAAUGGUAAAACACAUGGUUAAUCUAUGCCGCAACAGAGUCAAAAUGAACAUGGUGACAUGGCAGUGAUGAGAUUGUUGCUGUUUUUAACGUUAUCCAGUAGUCUAUUUUUUUAAGAUGUUUCUAGGAGUGCUUUUUUGUUGCUGUGAAUGUAGCAUGACAUGGACUUUUUCAGACAACAAAAAGACAUGAUGUUUCCCAUCAUGUGAUUGGUGAAAUUUAAAAUAAAAAAGGAUUUCUGCAAGA